UAUACAAACAUUUACAUUCUUAUCAGACAUUCGUUGUGGAUGGUAUCUCAUUGAAUCUUUAAAAUCCUGAAGUCAUGGAACUAAUCUACGACGGUCAACAAUUACGAAAAGAACGAAGCUGCGCAAAAUGCCAUAAAGUGGAGCCAGUAGAAACGUUCAAUGAUCUGGAACCCGGUGAUCAUAUUUCAAUGAAAGGUGAUAUGUUUUCCAAAACAAAAACACGUAAUGUAACAAAAUAUCUAUAUACCCACCAUGCUAUCGUUAAUGAAGUACGAGAGACGACAGAUGACGGAAAAGGGGCCAUCGUUCAGGUUUACCAUGUCAUGCCUCCUGCGCCUGAAGGUGACAAUAACCAAGGCAGUAAGUGUGUGCGGAAAGAAAAGAAAGCUCUUAAUAUAAAUACUGACAAUAUAAAAAAAAUUUCAUAUCAUGAACCUUUUUACGAGAAAAAUGAAAUAAAAGAUAGGGCUGAACAAUUUUACUCCAAUGGAUUAAUUGAGAACGAAUUUAUUCCUGAUGGUUACCAGGUAAUUACAAACAACUGCGAACAUUUCUGUCAUUUUUGCAGUACGCGUGAUUGGAGAAGUAACCAGGCUUCACGUUUAUCAGAUGGUUGUAGAUAUGUCAUUGAGAGUGUAUUUUUAAGUGGUCCUAAGUUUAUAAGGAUUUUGUUGAAGAUUCUGAUUUUGAGCACAGAUGAUUUUAUGAGAAAUGUUUACAUAGCCGGGGGUGUACUUGCUUUUCUUCUAUCGGUUUAUUUACUUUUGGUAAUAAUGUUGAAUAACCAUUGUGCAUUUUUCUUUUGUUAUUCAACAAGAGAAUGUUGUUGUUUUAGACUCUCUUCUAAUUGUUGCACAGAUUAUCCUCUGUGCAUUUGCCUUAAAUGUUCCUGUAGCCAUGAAUAUUCAUCAAUGAAUUGCAGUCGACGUUGUCGUGUCAGUUGUUGCCAACUAAAAAAAGACGAACAAUGGUAUUGCAAAAUUUGUCAUAACAAAACGAAAUGCCUGAGGUGGUACCAAUUUUUGGUGACUUUAUUUUGUCAAGGGUUAGGCUACGCCUUAAUGGUCUUUAUGAUAAUAUUAUAUAGAAAUAUAUCAAAUGGCACAAUAAUUGGUGUGGGUGUGGGCAUCAGCAUUUUGACCAUAAUUUUGUACAUUUUACUUCCACCAUGUUUUCUCUGA